UCUCAAGUGAAUGAAGCCUGAAAAGUAAGUCCAGCUUCCAUCUGGACUUGUGAAAUGGAGAGUGUGCCACUUUUCAUUCUUCAAUGGGGAGAGUAGAAGAGGAGAGAAAACUUUCAGGGCUGCAGACAGCCUAUAAAAGGCACAGUAGCAGUACCAAUUUUACUAUUCAGACCAGAGUCAAGCCACAGACAGACAUGGCUGCUGUGGGCUGUCUGGCAUUUCUGCUGGUUGUCAUCAGCCUAGGCAUCCUUGCUCAUCCCUGCGGCACUCAGGAGUUACGAUGUCAGUGUAUUCAGAUAUACUCUGACUUUCUUCCUCUUAUGUUCAUCAAAAGUGUCUGGUUGAUUCCUGAGGAUAUCUAUUGCAGCAAAAAAGAAGUCAUAGUAUUGCUGAAAAAUGGGAAUUUAAUUUGUUUGGAUCCUGAGACUGAAUGGGUGAAGGCUCUUAUCAUAAUGAUCAACACAGGCCCCCAACUGAAGAACCACAUAAGAACAGCACAUCCAAUGGAUUCCGAGAGGCUUGGGUACCUUGUUGAAUUGAGACAUCCUCCAGAUAUUUCUUGAAACACGUUCGUGUGGAUUGAGGACUGGAACGAACUCCUCUUUAAUUCAUCCUGGGGGCCUCCAGCAGCUUUUCUGACAUGUUUAUGAGAAGAGUGAUAGGAAUUGAGGUUAUGAAACUAUUUUUAUGUAGUCUCAGAUAGUAGGUGGGGCAUUUCUCCUUUGGACUCAGUCCCUUUCUAGACCCCACUUCUUCUUCCAUCCAUUGUGUCUUUUAGCUUACUUGACUUUGUGGUGAAUGUUCAAAGCUGACUGCUUUCCCUCCUUCUUCGUAUCUUGAUAUUACUUUAAUGGCAUUUUCCUGACUGACAAACCUUUUAUUCUUCAAAAGCCUUGUUACACUCUAGUAUGGGACAUCACAGCGCUGUAUCCUAGGGUAAAGCAUGCCACUUCAUCUUCCGUGUCCCAGACUCAGAGAUUUUCAUUUACUAGAAAAACCUGAAAUGAAAAUAUAUGUUCAGGCUUGGUGGGACAUGCAUGCAGUGCCAGCACACUUGGGAAGUUAAGGCAAGGAGAUCAUGAAUUCAAGGAUAGUCUGGCUUACACAGUCAGUUACAGACUACCUUGGGCUAUAGGAAGACACUGUCUGUGUCUGUCUGUCUGUCUCUCUUUCUCUUACACACACACACACACACACAGAGAGAGAGAGAGAGAGAGAGAGAGAGAGAGAGAGAGAGAGAGAGAGAGAAAUGGGUAAGUAACAAAGCAGAGUUAAUUGCAUAACAUAAUAAUUUAAAAUUUUUAAAUUUACUUUAGAAUUUUUGGGUUUUCUGUGUGUAUGUCUGUUUGUGUGUGUGAAUAUGGGUAUGCAAACUACAAGUCAGUCCUGGACUUCUGUCUUGUUUGAGGCAGGGCCUCUCUGAUGCUUUCUAUUGUAGAUGCCAGGCUAACUGGCCAGUGACAUCCCAGGGAUUCAACUGGUUCUGUAGGAGCACUGGGGGGCUACAGAUGUUUUGGCUUCAUGUGGAUUCUGGAAAUUCAGGCUUAGGUCUUUGAGCUUGAACCACAAGCACUAUGAGUCAUCUGCCAAGGCCAAUAAUUUGUUAUUCACUUGAGUUAACCUCCUAGAUAACACUGCUGAAGACUAUAGUCAAACUAAAUUAGAACCCUAUGGAUAGGAAUAAUGUUAGGAAAUGUUAGACUUCCCACACUUAAGAUGACAAGAACUCCAUUGCAGAUAAGUGAGGUUCUGGGAAACACCAAGCUACAGAUGUGCUCUGAUAAUUUAACUUCUUCCUGGUAGAAAUUCUGCAUAGUCAACACUAAUAAAUACUAAAUGAACAAACAUCCACUUUCUGCUUGUCAUUUCUGAUGAUGGAGUGUGUUAACAGAUGAGGGACAUUAUCUUGGAGCCAAAACAGGAACACUGUGACAAUCAAGGACUGUUUGCAGGCUCUGGGGCCUGUGGCUUUCCUAGCUAGCUCUUGAUGUUUGCCAUUGCCUAGCAGCCUGAGUCCUCUUCUUUUCCUUCAGAUUCUUUCUGUUUUGCUGAUUUGCAUGGUAACUCACUUGCUGUCCCUAAAGUUCCAUGGUUGUAAUUCUUAGAGAAGAUAUUAUUGAUCAUUUUGGUUCAUUUGUAGACCUGUGGCCCAGAGCCUGUGGUCCCAUGGUUCAAAUGAGGCUGUUUGUGGCCUCUUGCUGCAGAACCAAGAAAUGCUUCCCAGAUUCUACAGAUAUAUUGGAUAUUUUUACUAUGAUCUGCAUCUACGAAGGCAAUAAAAAUUAAAGGCAGAUAUUAAUAAAAUGAGAAAACAUA